UGUAGGGCCGAGAAGGACACUCGAGACACAACUGAAUACAUGUUGUAUUGGACUCUUCGUGACUGGAGAGUACAGCUCCUGAUUGUUCUGCUCUGGGACGGCGUCUGCGCUCCGAAAGUGAAACCUACAACAUGGCCCCUGUACUCCAAGAAGCCCCUUCUCCUCACCUGGAAUGUCCCGACUCAGGACUGUGGCUCCCGGCAUGGCGUUUCUUUGCAGCUGGACCAGUUCCAGAUUGUGGCCUCGCCAAGUCAGAUCUUCGUCGGGCAGAACUUGACCUUGUUCUAUCACGACCGCUUGGGCUUGUACCCCUACUUUAAGAAGGAUGAGACGCCGGUGCGCGGUGGGCUGCCACAGGCCGCCAGUCUCUCGCAGCACCUCAGCGAAAUGCAGAAAGGUGUUGAUAAGUACAUACCAAACCGGGACGCUCUAGGUUUAGCGGUUAUUGACUGGGAAGAGUGGAGGCCCCUUUGGAUACGAAACUGGGGAUCCAAAGACAUCUACCGAAAACAGUCCCGUGAACUGGUGCGCCAGAAGAACCCAACUUGGUCCGAGGAGCAGGUGGGAAAAGUGGCCCAGCUGGAGUUUGAGAUGUCUGCUAAGACGUUCAUGGUGGAGACGCUACGCCGCGCCAAACACCUGCGGCCCAACACUCUGUGGGGGUUCUACCUGUUCCCGGACUGCUACAACCACGACUACCUGAAGUCCCUGGAGGGUUACACAGGCCGCUGCCCCGACGUGGAGGUGGCCCGCAAUGAGCAGCUAAAGUGGCUGUGGACGGAGAGCACGGCGCUCUUCCCCUCCAUCUACAUUCGCAACGUGCUGCGCUCCUCUUCCCUAGGACGGCAGUUUGUGCGGCACCGUGUGAGAGAAGGGAUGCGUGUGUCUUCAUUCGGCGACGAGUUGGCACGUCCUGUCUUUGUGUACACCCGGCCCAUCUACAACGACCAUCCGGAACAGCUGACAGAGUUUGACCUGGUGUCCACCAUCGGGGAGAGUGUCGCUCUGGGAGCUGCAGGAAUCAUCAUGUGGGGAGAUGUAACACAUGCAAAAAACAAAACCACCUGCUCUGACCUGAACGCGUAUCUUCAGGGCACACUGAGCCAAUACCUCCUCAACGUCUCCACGGCAGCAGAGCUCUGCAGCCAGACCCUGUGCGGUUCCCACGGCCGCUGCCUUCGCAAACGUUGGGACAAGGAUGUUUACCUUCACCUCAACCCCCUCACACACCGCAUCGAGAGGCAAAACGGCAAACUGACGGUGAUCGGCAAGCUAGGAGACCCAGACAAGGUGCUUCUUGACAUGGACUUUCAGUGCCAGUGCUACAGGGGCUUUCAGGGGAAAGGCUGUGAUCAUACAGACCAGCUGCACCAAAAAGGGGCGGCGACUCGAACCAGAACAUCAGCGCUCCAGUCUAUCAUCUUCCUGAUAACCGUUGUGCUCCUGUGUUAAUG